AUGAGCAAUCUGGGCAAGGUCCUGGCCAUCAUUAGCACCCUCUUCCUCGCCCAUUCGGCAUACUCGACUUAUGAACAUCGUGCUUACCUGAAAGCUGUUGAUCGGACAGAGGCAAACCUACCUAUCGAAAUCAUUGUGGAAUGUGUUGUAUCAGCAUUCGUUACCUUGGUUGGCGUUAUCAUCUCGGCAGCACCUUUCAAGAACAUUCUCUUGUCAGAUCACAUGGCAACCAUGACGAUUGAUCAAGUCGAUACCACCCCAUCCUUUGUCUCAUUCAACCAUCGCCAUGUCGUGUCGACUCAGGCACAGCUGGAUCGGAAACUGUAG